CGCUCAUGGUACAUUCGUGCGCUGUGGGAACAGGUCGCUGACAGCUUCAUUAAUGGCUGCACAUCAGAUUUGCACGAUGGAGUUUUUCAUGAUACAGCCAACGACGCGGACGUAAAAGAAGCAAGAAUCAUGAAGGUGUUGAUGAGACGGAUGGUUCUGUAUCCUCAGAGUGUUGUCCGUUCAGGUGCACUCGGGACCGCUCUCCUUAACCUUGUCCAUCGCCAGCAGUCACCCGCUAUCCGCACCCUGUUCAGUGAGACCGGCGUGUGGGAGAAGGACUAUCGGGCAGAGACCCGAUGCAGAGUGGAGCAAUGGUGGCACCCGCGGAUCAUGGCGCAGUGGCGCAAGGACUCACUGGACAAGGAUCAGAACCGGGAAAAGUUCUAUGUUCUCUCCAUGUUCCCAUACCCAUCUGGACGACUGCACAUGGGCCAUGUGCGCGUCUACACGAUUAGCGACGUCAUUGGCCACUUUCAGAGAAUGAGAGGUUAUCAGGUAUUAAACCCAAUGGGCUGGGACGCUUUCGGCCUUCCAGCCGAGAAUGCGGCUAUUGAGAGACGUCUUGAUCCAGAAGAUUGGACUAAAAGGAACAUCAAGUCUAUGAAAGAGCAGCUAGACAGCCUUGGCCUUUGCUUUAACUGGGAUCGGGAGGUGACCACUUGCCUUCCUGACUACUACAAGUGGACACAGUAUCUCUUUGUUAAGCUCUUCAAAGCAGGGCUGGCUUAUCAGAAAGAGGCCGUGGUGAACUGGGACCCCGUUGAUCAGACAGUACUAGCUGAUGAGCAGGUGGAUGAAAAUGGUCGCUCCUGGAGGUCUGGUGCACUGGUGGAGCAGAAGUUGCUCACUCAGUGGUUCAUCAAGACCACACAUUACGGCAAGCCUCUUCUGGACGCCUUGUCCGACCUUCCAGAGUGGUACGGGGUUAAAGCCAUGCAGGCAAAUUGGAUUGGAGAGUGCACUGGCUGCUAUUUUGAUUUCAAACUCAAGGUGAGUGGGGAGGAGACGGAGGAGAUUCUAUCGGCGUACAGCUCCUCCCCAGAGGCAGUGUUUGGUGCGGCGUACCUGGCCAUCCUGCCCUCCCACAGACUGCUGCAUGGGAGCAGCUCAGUCCGCUCUGUGCUGGAGAAAGCCUGCCAGCCAGGCAGAGACUCCCAGACAGAAGUCACAGCUGUCAACCUGUUCACCGGCCACGAGGUUCCUCUGGUCAUAUCUCACAAGGAGGCAUUUGAUGGCUAUCUGGACACUGUGGUUGGCACACCAGACUGCAGUGAGGAGCAUUGGUCUGUGGCCAAAACGCUGAAUUUAACGUGGACCAAUGUUCUGAAGAGCCAUGAAGAUGGGACACAAAUUGUCAUUAAUUCUGACGAGUUCUCAGGAUUCACCAGAAAACAGGCUUUUGACUCCAUUACCCAGAAAGCCAGGGAGCGGAAGGUGGGGGGCCACCUUACCAGCUCAAAGCUCAGGGACUGGUUGAUAUCAAGACAGCGUUACUGGGGCACACCCAUUCCUGUGGUGCAUUGUGGGUGCUGUGGUCCAGUUGCUGUUCCCGAAGAGCAUUUACCAGUAACCUUGCCAAAGCUGCCGUCUCUCACCGGAAAGGGGGCAUCACCUCUAGAGGCUGCCCAUGACUGGGUUAACUGCAAAUGUCCAAGAUGUGACGGGCCUGCAAAAAGGGAGACUGAUACCAUGGACACGUUUGUAGACUCAGCCUGGUAUUACUUUCGUUACACCGACCCUCAUAACUCAGACAGGCCUUUUGAGCGCCACCUAGCGGAUCAUUGGCUGCCUGUGGAUGUGUACAUCGGAGGAAAGGAGCACGCCGUCAUGCAUUUGUACUACGCACGCUUUCUCUGUCACUUCUGCAAGGACCAGGGCCUUGUGGCGCACAGGGAGCCUUUCAGAAAGCUACUUGUCCAGGGUCUGAUCAAAGGUCAGACUUUCCGACGAUCAGACAGUGGCCAAUACCUAAAGAGAGAAGAAAUUGCCUUCACAGAAAAAGAGCCAGUGGCAUUGGGAGGCGGAAGCGUGGAAGUGACAUGGGAGAAAAUGAGCAAAUCUAAGCAUAAUGGUUUGGACCCGCAAGAGGUGGUGCAGCAAUACGGUGUGGACACAGUUCGACUCUACAUCCUUUACGCCGCACCACCUGAACAAGACAUUCUCUGGAAUCUUAAAAAGGAUGCUCUUCCUGGGGUCUUGCGCUGGCAGUCCAGACUGUGGCAGCUUGUGAGCAAGCUGCGAGGCGCUCGGCAACUCGGUGACGUCCCCGACCCCUCCUUGCUGAAAAAGAAGGAGCUGGCAGAGUCAAAGAAGAUCUGGAAUAACAAGAAUUACGCAAUUCAAGAGGUUACAUCUCACUUCACGGAAGACUUCUUGUUCAAUGCGGCCAUUUCUCGCCUCAUGGGACUUACCAAUACUUUGAGUAGUGCAUCUAUGAGGGUGGUGCAGCACAGUGUGGAGUUUGAGGAUGCUCUGGCCACACUGAUUAUGAUGACGGCGCCCAUGGCACCUCACCUGGCCUCUGAACUUUGGGCAGGGCUUUGCCAGGUGAACAACCCCAUCAGCAACACUCUCCGGCGGGGUGGAGACGUCCUGUCCCAGUCCUGGCCUACUGUGGAUCCCGAGUACCUGGAGACCCCUGACUUUGUGGGCAUUUCUGUGCUGAUUAACAACAAAGUUUGCGGGACAGUGACUGUACCUGUGCUAGUGUCCAAAGAUUUGGAUCAGGUGCAGAAGCUGGUCAUGGAGAGCCACCUAGGACAGAAGGUUCUCAAAGAACUGCACAUCAAGAGAGCCAUCCUCUCUCCCCGGACUGCCCUCAUCAAUUUCCUAGUCGGGGGGUGACGUUUGACCCUGUGCUUGGGCGACUGUUUGGUGGUGGCGAAUGUCCUUCAGUGGCAAAAGAAAAAGACUGUUAUACACUGAAAACUAAUAUUAAGGGUGGGGAAAAAUCUUAAUAGGUGAUGAUUGAAAUUUAACUCCCUAUUUUAGGGAGUUAAAAUGAUUGAAAAGUAACUCCCUAUUUUAAAAUACUUGUAUAAGUAUUAUAAUUUAUUCAUACGUUGUAAUAUUUUUAAAAGUUUUUUGUGUAUGUUCUAUGAUUAAAGGAGGAAGUCUAUUCUACCAAACCAACGACUUUGGAAUAGCUUGAAGUGCGAAUACGAGAAGUUAUGGCUUCCAUCCCACAAGAGUUCCUUGUGAAAUCGGUUAAUGCGGUUCCCAGGCGACUUGAGAAACUGGUGGCUAAUGCUGGCGCCCAUAUCGAAUUUGAAAUAAAACUCCAUGCAAUACGCUUUUUUUUUGUUCAUUUCUUGUAAGAAUUAUAAAAUAGGGAGUUACUUUUCAAUCACCCUGUGUGUGUGUGUGUGUGUGUGUGUGUGUGUGUGUGUGUGUGUGUGUGUGUGUGUAUAUAUAUAUAUAUAUAUAUAUGUGUGUAUAUGUGUGUGUAUGUAUAUAUAUAUAUAAUAUAUAUAU